CAAUGAAAAUAAUUUUUACCAGUAUAGGAACUACGUCACACAUAGAAUCGCCAUUUUAGUAGAGUUUUACACGUCUAUACUGAAAGAGUGUAAAAUUUACAACAUACCAUUUUGCGUUGUUCCGAUUUGACGACUAGCCAGCUUAUCAGCUAUGUUCCUGUGGGACUAUUUUUCAUCAAUUCUUAAUUUUUUAGGUUUAUGGAAGAAAUCUGGUAAAUUAGUAUUCCUUGGGCUAGACAACGCAGGGAAAACCACCCUUCUACAUAGGCUCAAAGAUGAUCGAAUGGCUCAGCAUGUUCCCACACUUCACCCAACAUCAGAAGAGUUGUCCAUGGGAGGAAUGAAGUUUACAACUUUUGACCUGGGCGGUCAUAGGCAAGCACGAAGAGUAUGGAAAGAUUACUUCCCAGCAGUGGAUGGCAUUGUGUUCCUUAUUGAUUGUCAUGAUCGAGGACGAUUUACAGAAGCCAAAGCAGAAUUAGAUAGUCUACUGACAGAUGAACAAGUAGCCAAUGCCCCAGUUUUAAUAUUGGGCAAUAAAAUUGAUAUACCUGGUGCUGCUAGUGAAGAUGAAAUUAGACAUUGGUUUGGACUACACAAUCUAACUACUGGAAAGGGCACAGUUUCAAGAAGUGAAUUACCUGGCCGUCCAAUGGAACUUUUUAUGUGCAGUGUACUGAAGCGACAAGGAUAUGGAGAAGGUUUCCGUUGGCUAGCCCAAUACAUCAAUUGAUAAGCUGCAGCAGUCAGAGUGUGAGAGUGAAAGAAUGAUGAAGAUAAUGGUGUUUGGUUGCCAGGAAACAUGCUGAGUGUAUUAAGUAGUUCUAAAAAAAACAUGUGACUGUAUAUACACAAAUUAUUUGUAUACAUGUGAUGGUUGGUAUUUUAAAAAGCUUCAUGAAGAGAAAUUGGCCUGGUUCACUUGUAACAGUGGUACGCUUGCUUUUGUUGUACUCAACAAAACAUGUCUUGUUUCUGGUGUGUACCUGAUGCGUCAAGUACACAGAGAAUUGUGUUAUGUUAAUAAUCUUCUUGUUUACUUUGGAAAAUGCUGAGACAAUUUUUUUUUCUCCCCACCUCAGCUACAAAUUUCUAUAUUUAUGUUCAUUCAAUGUGCUAAAGGAACACAGUAUAUUUAUAUUUUUUCAGUGCUUGUCAUCAUAAACUGAUAUUCAUACAAAUUUAGUAGCUCAAGAUACCAUCUAAGUACAGAUAAAACAGAUGUACAUAUAAGUUAUCAAUAUCUUUCUCCUGGUGUUUUUUUUGCAUGAUUGUUUUAACUUUAAGAUGAAAGCAUUUUUUUUUUUUAAAAUUCUGGUGUCAGUAAUGUGAUUGUAUGUUCUUAUGCAAGUCAGUGUAGUCAAGAUACUUUAAAGCCUUAUAGAGACAAGUUAUCCGUCAGCUUUUUUUGUAAGCUUCUGUUAACUUGCCUCGUUAAAGCGAUAAAGAUUGUUACUUGAAAUGUAGCUGCCUCAUGAAAGGCGCUUGGAUGAAGUACAUUUUUAAAAGGAAUUUUGUUUUGUAAAGAUAUGAAAUCAAGCCAAUGGGCAAGAUUUCAUUUUGCUUUAAAAAAUGUGUAAAAAUUGUGAAGUAUAAAACUGAAGACAAUUCUCAAAAUACCAGAAUUUUUAGCCCAGUUUUCAACCAGUAGUAAAUCAUUCAGAACUAACCUAACCCUUUAACAAGUAUUAGUGUUGACUAGCAAGUCUACUAUUACAUUCACUCUAUUGUUCUUUUAAUAAUAAGUAAAUAAAUACUACAGCAUUAGGUAUGUAACACUGAAAUGUCCAUGACGUUUUAUUCUUUAGCAGUUUUAUUCAAAUAAAAUUUAAUUUCUUAAACUGCAUCUUCAGAAAAAUUAUAUUCAUUCUUUUAUAACAAGAUGUUUUCAUUAUAUAUUAUUAAUUACUAUAAACGUAUAACAGUAGCAGCUA